UGCUAACUUCUCCGCUAGCCCACCUCCCCGAAGCCAUACUUGGCUAGCGUUCCGAUGAUUGCUCUGCGGUACACUAAUUGGCAGGUAUAAUUUCUGAGGGUGCAUGAAAUGGCGCUGCACAUCCGCAAUUUGCUGCCGUUCACCAUUCCCGGAGUGCUGGUACUCAUCGGCUGGUGGUGGUUUUCUUCGCGUAAAAAGGAGCGUGUCAGUAACCACGACAGGCAAGAUCUUCCUAGUUUGGAAGAGUGCCAGAAAUGUUCUCCUCCUCAGGAGCCAAGCUCUUGGAAAACUGGACAGUCGAUCAGUGAACUUUCUCCAUCUCUGCAGGACAAGCAGUGUAGCAAUUCACCCUUUCAGGAAUGGCAGAUACCUCUGGCAGAAGACAGAGCCCAAAGCUUGGAAACGUCGAGAGAAGACCUUCCUGUUGGGGCAAUACCAACCCUCCAACCAGAUUCACUUCAGGACGACAGUGGAGAAGUGGAAGUGAUGGGGCCUCAAGGUGUGCUUGGUUCCCCUUCGCCCAAGACCUCUCUUCUGGAUGUACAAAAAGAUGAUGACUCCCAAACUGGUGAGGUAGCCGAUGAAGGAAAGCCUGAUUCCAAUCAAGCAUCAAACCAAAGGCUGUUGGCAGCUCCUGGUUCUGAAAAAUGGGAGGACAGUAGCAAAGAUGUGAUGGUCCAGAUCGGUUCAUCUGAGACGUCUUUGAAAGAAGACCAGUGUUCUGCAUCCACCUCUAUGGAUUCUUUCCCCGUCACCUGCUCCAGAAAGAUAAUUGAAGAAGUUCCGGGUGAGAUCCCUAAGGAUCCUGUUGAAAUGGAAGAAGGGAGUGAUAAUAAUAGUGGCGAAGGAGAGACUGCAGUUGGGACACCGACCAAGUGUGUUGAACCUACUAGAUCGGAGGUGGUUGAGGAAGGGAUGACGUCCAGUUCAAAGAUUGGUAGCAUGUUGAAGCACAAUGGAUGCAGAGAAGUUGGGUAUAAGGGUGAUCUGGAGAAAGAGAGGAUAGGAGCCAUUAGUUUGGACAAACAAGAAGUAGAGAUGAUUGAGCAGGUGGCCAUGCAAAUCAUUUCUAAUGUCAUCCGGGCAGCUACCGAGGAAGUAUUAUCAGGGUCGGUCAGUGAUAUGUCAGAGAGGAUAUGCCAAAUAGCAAGCCGGGUGGAUAGUCCUCGGGAGAAGAUGUCCACUGGAGGUGUUGGCCAAGCAGAAUCCAGCCAGGGUGGUGAAUGUGUGAACCAGGAGGCUGCUAAUGUGGAAGUAUCUCCCCUCCUGGAGGAGAACGUCAACCGUCAUGCUACGUAUUCAAGUUGUUUGACACACGGCCAACUGGUCAACCGAAGUCACAACCGGCUCAGAGACUCCAGUUGUCCCACCAGGCGGUCUGUUGGCAGUCUGACAGCAGCUACGAACCAUGAGGAGGAGUUUGAGGAUGGUCACAUAGUGAUGGAAGAUUCUGGGUGCAGCGCCUGCACCUCAGAAGAUGGGGCUAGUGCUGAGGAUCUCUUGAAAAGUGCUUCAUCUCCACCUCCACAACACCUGGAUCUGUUGAACAUGUCCACCAUCAAAGACUCAGAGAACAAGUCCAUGUCGAGCCAGAAGCCACCUUCCUCCACAUCAACGGAAAACACGGUGCCAUACAGCAAUGGCCUGAUGAAGGAGGACUUUCCAUCUCUCAGCCACGAACAGCAGUGGCGAACGGAGGCCGAUACAGACCACUCAGGAGGCUCUGACGUGAACAGCAUGGACUCGGUGGACAGCGGUUGUGCUCUCCGCAAGAAUGACAGCUGCCCUAAUGCUAAGAUGGGAACAGACUGCAAUAAGGCAGAGCUUGUUAUCUGGGAAAUUCAAAUACCAAAGCACUUAGUAGGACGGCUGAUAGGCAAACAAGGGAGAUAUGUGAACUUCCUGAAGCAAGUCUCUGGUGCCAAAAUCUACAUUUUCACACUACUUCACACCCAGGACUUCCAGAUCUGUCAUAUAGAAGGCUCUCAGCAAAACGUUGACAAAGCACUGGCCCUGAUUGGAAAGAAGUUCAAGGAUUUGAGUCUCACCAAUAUCUAUGCUCCACUACCCCAACCGUUGCCAUUGCAUUCCCUCCCCAUCACCUCCUGGCUCAUGCUUCCUGAUGGAGUUACAGUAGAAGUUAUUGUGGUUAAUCAAGUCAAUGCCGGGCACUUAUUCGUACAACAACACACGCAUCCCACUUUCCACGUCCUUCGUAGCCUAGAUCAGCAGAUGUAUCUCUGCUAUUCCCAACCUGGGAUUCCUACGAUGCCGACCCCAGUAGAGGUUGGCGUUGUCUGUGCCGCACCGGGUGUGGAAGGCGCGUGGUGGCGGGCACAAGUGGUUGGCUACUUCAAAGAUGUCAGCGAAGUGGAAAUCAGAUAUGUGGAUUAUGGUGGAUACGACCGAGUCAAGAUUGAUUUGCUUAGACAAAUCAGAUCUGACUUUGUAACCCUGCCAUUCCAAGGAGCUGAGGUUCUUUUGGACAACGUGGUGCCACUUCCAGAUGAUGAUAACUUCUCAUCUGAAGCUGACACGGUUGUUAGUGAAAUGACCAGGGAUACACCCUUACUUGCAGAGGUAAGAGUAACAGCUACAG